UUUACCUUUAAUAAUAGUGUUGAUGAGAGGUAAUUGAUUUUAUGCUACGCAGAUAAAUCAAUCAAUCCACAAAAGAUACUGGGUAUGUUCAUUGUUAGCUCAUAACAAAGAGGAUAGAUUUGUUAAAAACAAAAGAGAUAUUAUCAUUUGGAUAUAACUUUUCGAGGCAUCAUGUGAAUGUGAUUGUUAUUGUAUUGUUUUUGACUUCAAUGUUGUGAUUGUACUGGUAAAGUUAUCGCGCAUGUGCAAACUGUUAACAAGAAGAAAAUCAAAACUUGUAGAAAAUUUGAUUACAUUAAAGAUCUUAUCGCGAAACUAAAUUACCAUUUUUUGUCGUUUUGGUAUAAAAGUAUUACAGAGUUCAGGACGAGCAACAACGGAAAAGCGAAAUGAGUGUGGCCUUUUCACCGCAGUUUAAAACCAUGACCAGAUUAUGCAUGAUUUUGGUAAUCGCAAUUUACAUACCGAAUGUAAAAUGUAACAUAAAAUGGUUGGCGUUACAGAAAUACUCCAAUAACGAAAUUUGGGCGGUCAACCAAGUGUGUACGAAAGAUUAUGGUUUCACUGGAAAACAAGUUCGCUUCUGCAAAAAACACUUUCCAUGGAUGACAUUUGUGCAGGAAGCUGUAAUCGACGCUAAGGAGGAGUGCAUACACCAUUUGAACAAACAAAAGUGGGAUUGUCAUGUGAUAAAAGAAGCGCCAACAUUUAAUGAGGAUCUAAGAAAGGACACAAAACAAUCCGCACUUGUAUACGCUCUAUCAGCAGCCUCAUUGGCUAUCACAAUAUCACGACGUUGCAAAAUGGGGCAAAUUCCAGAUUGUUCAUGUCAACACAACAGGAGAGUCUCAUUCCCAUCAAGUAUCGUUAAUUCGACUGACUUAUCAAAUAUUGAUAAGAUAAUACCAUGUAAAGGAAUUGUACAACACGGCAAGCGUUUCACUCAAACUUUCACUAAUCUUGGUUUCCGACUUCUUCCAAAGAACGAGCGACAAGCCGAAGAAAUUGCAGUUCGUAAACAUAAUAUACAAAUUGGACUAAAGGCGCUUGGUACUGGUGAAGAAGUAACUUGCGUAUGCACUGGAGCCACAGGUGGUUGCCCUAGAAAAUUUUGUUAUAGAAGAAUUAUACCACUGAAUGAAGCGGCUGCUGGAAUAUUCGAAAGGUACAAAAAAGCAGUCAAACUUUUUCAGCAUGACUUUAAUCGUCCUCCAAAGGCGUCACUCAAUAAGGGUCAGAUGUCAAAAUUACCCUACCAGGUUAAAGAUGAGCACGUGGACAAGCUUGUCUAUCUUGAAGAAACAGACCAAGUGUGUGCUACAGCUGGACGACGUUGUGUCCUUGAUAAUUCAAAACAAGAUAGUUGUGAGAACUUGUGUUGUGGUAGAGGUUAUCGAGGGAAGUUAAUCGAGGUGAAUUCGCAAUGUCGUUGCAAGUUUGUGUAUUGUUGUAAAGUGGUGUGUGAUAACUGCAUCAGUAUGAAGCAGGUUUUCGAAUGUUUGUGAGUCAAGAUGGGAUAAUUGUGACGAAAAUUAAAUAAAAAUGCUCUGCGUUAUAUGCUAUAUUUAGCAAUCGAGAUAGACAAUGGCCAACAUGGCCCAAAAUGUCGCUACGCAAUAAACAAUGAUGAUUAGCGAAGAAGUGUUUGAUGUGUUUAAAUUCGGUAAAGAAAACUUUGAAAACGUAGUGCAAUGUAAAUAAACUCCUUAAAAAUAUUUUUUGUGUAAAAUCUCCACUUUAUAAAAUAAAUUAUUACUAAUGAGUCCAAAAUUACGUAAGUCAUUUCGCAAAGCCGGCUAUAAAACUGUCUUUAAAAGCUCUGGUAAUCUUCAGACAAUAUUAACAUCGAAAAACAAAUGCCAACUACCACCACUAAGUCAACCUGGCGUAUACAUUAUCCCAUGCAAAUGCGGCAAAAAAUAUGUCGGGGAGACGAAGUUGAAAAUCGCUACCCGCUUGAAGUAGAGUGGGUCAGGAGUUUCAUUUCACUCUAGUUCUUGUAAUGCUGGUUAUGAUUGGAACACUGCGAAAAUGCUUAAACAAGAAUUUAAUAAAUUUGAUCGUAAGGUACGCAAAGCAUUGGAAAUACAGUUCCAGGACACGUCACCGCGUAGUUAACAUGGUCUUAAUCUAGACGAUGGUCAGUAUGUGACGACGAAAUUCUGGAAGCCAAUGUUCGCGUACCUAAACGGAAGUCGUUGCAGUGACGUCGAUUUGAUGUCUAUGUAAUGACAACCGUUAUAAAAUUUUGUAUAGUCUGAUGAAGACCUCCAAUACGGAGGUCGAAAUAUUACCAUAAAAUAUAUGUGCUGAACGACCAUGUAUAUGUUUCUAUAAAGUAUUAACAUACGUUCCCACGAACAUGUCAUUUA